UGCAACGGCCCCUGAGUGGCGGCCGGCUCUCUCAUACUGCUCUCGCCUGACUACCGCUGCCGCACGCAUUGUUGCAGUGAAAGGGAAGUGGACAGCCGGAUCCUGCCUGUGGGAUGCACCGACAGAGGCAGUGGUGGAGAAAGAUUUGAUGUCGGUGUGAGGUACAACAGAGAAGGAAGCCCGGCCAGAAAACACACAUGCAACAGUAGUGGGUUUUUGGACACAACAGGAAAGAGGGCGUCCACCCCUGCCGCACCAGGGAGGAGGAAGGAGAAGGCGGUCCACCACUGUCACAUCAAGAGAAGCAGAGAGCUGCAUUUGUGGCACGGGUAGGCAGGUGAGCGAGGUCGAGAGGCUGCAGGGACAACUUUGUGCGGAAGUGCGGGAGGGCCAAGGGAAAGCAGGAGGAAGGAGAGGAAGAGGAAGAGGAGGAGAAGUCGGUACUCGAGGAGGAGUAAUAGGAGGAGAGGAGUAGUGGACCAGGGCCUGGAGCCCAAACACAAGCAGGAUGGCGGAGAAGAAAGUUAGCAGCCUCCCAGCUAAGCUGAUUAAUGGGGGCGUGGCGGGCCUGGUUGGUGUGACAUGUGUGUUUCCUAUUGACCUGGCCAAGACCCGGCUCCAGAACCAGCAGGGCGUUCAAGUCUACAAAGGAAUGCUGGAUUGUCUGGCGAAGACGGUUCGUGCAGAGGGAUACUUCGGGUGCUACAGAGGUGCGGCCGUGAACCUCACGCUCGUCACGCCGGAGAAAGCCAUCAAGCUGGCUGCUAAUGACAUCUUCAGGCAGAAGCUCUCCAAGGACGGGCAUUUGCCCCUGUGGGGGGAGGUGCUGGCCGGGUGUGGGGCUGGGACCUGUCAGGUGGUCGUCACCACCCCGAUGGAGAUGCUGAAGAUCCAGCUGCAGGACGCAGGACGAAUCUCUCCACAAAGGCCUGUGCCAACCGCAGCUCAGGCUGCUGCUGCCCCCGGUCCAGCUCCGUCGUUGGCGGCCCCCCCGACGCAGGCCCGGCCGCCGCCUCCUCACCGACCCUCGGCCACCAGCAUCACUGUGGAGCUGCUGAAGACUCGUGGCCUGGCUGGACUGUACAGAGGAGCAGGGGCCACGUUAACGAGGGAUGUCCCCUUCUCGAUGAUCUACUUCCCUCUAUUCGCCAACCUUAAUGCUCUGGGCCGAGCUGACGUGCAGGCCAAGGCACCGUUCUGGCAGUCCUUCUUGGCUGGCUGCUCCGCGGGCUCAGUGGCAGCUGUGGCCGUAACGCCACUGGAUGUAAUAAAGACUCGUCUGCAGACCUUGCGAAAAGGUGAAGGGGAGGAUACCUACAAAGGAAUUGUUGACUGCACAAGGCGCAUCCUGAGACGAGAGGGCCCGGGAGCUUUCCUGAAGGGAGCAGCGUGUCGUGCACUGGUCAUCGCUCCUCUCUUUGGCAUUGCACAGGGGGUCUACUUUCUCGGGGUAGGGGAGGCGGUGCUGGGUUGGAUGGAAUAGCGGUGCUUUGGCAUCGUUGGUGGCAAUUGUGUCGUCUCGGUUCAACUGAUUCGCUGGUUUAAUCUGCAGUGAAUGCAUGAUGACACAACCGAGUGACCGGUGUACAAACAGAGAGCCGGAGAGGAUCAAUCUGCUGGUCUGAGAUAUGAAGAUGCUCUAAUUACUAAUAUGUGGACCAGCUCGUUCACGUUAAUCACGUUUCCCUGGGUUUGUCAUGCUGUCAGCAGGGUCCUGUGGGAAACACAGGGUUCUGGGUCUGUGUGACUAAUCUGAGGAUCUGUGUCCCACGUUGACGAGUUUAUACCAGCGUGCUCGCUGCAAUAUGUCUAAGGCUCUUCCUUUUACCUUGGAGAGAUGAUUCUAGAUGGAUGGAUACUUUAUUAAUCCUGUGGGAAAUUUCUCUAGUUGUGCAUCCUUACGGAGGUUUUUGACAUUUUUAUUUUUUUAUGUUGGCGGUGGUUAUACAUACAGCAAACAUGUUGCCAAGGCUUUUAUUUUGGAGGAAUUUCUACAUUCAAUAACACAUCUAUAAAACUUUGUUUACGCUCAGGAUCAUAAGGACACAAAUGACUCCAAUGAAAUCAUUAAAACUGAUAUAAGCUAUUGAGCUUGUUUGCAUAUUUGUACUUGAUGCACAUUGGUGCCUACAUACAAGUAAAUAUGACGAUAUCGUCCAUAUCAACCAAAGGCAAAUGGUUCAGUAUAUGGAAGAUACAAAUAAAGUUAUGUGUAAACAGAAAAAAUGAAAUUGAAAUAAUGUUUGGUAGUUAUAACAAGUGGAAAAUAAUAUUAAUGUAUUUUAAAUAUUUUUGUUCUCGAAGGUCCUGAGUGCAAGUUUGAGAUCAAAAUACAUUUAUUAUAAAGGCAGUAUUUAUUUAAAAAGAAUAAAAACUAUAUAUACAAAUUAUUAAAAAGGAGCAAAAAGAUCAGGACUGAUUUACUCGAAGUGGAAACAAUAGGUUUUUAUUUUUUUUAAAGGGAUGCACAAAAGGUCAAGAAAGAGCUGCUGCAUGUUGCUUGUUUGAGGCUGCUAAAUAAAAUGCCAAUUUGACCACCUGUGGUCGUGAUGACAAAGUGUUCAUGUAAGUGACAAAUUCCCCUUUAAUCUUAAAUGCAGAAAAAGCUAUGAUUGCCUAAAUUUGACCUCAGAAGUCGAGCCGGGUAUUUGGCUGCAACCUCAAACGCUGGUGAUGUCGACUUCGAUUUCGACUUUGACGCGUUUCUCUGAAAAAAGGAGCUUGAUCUCGUUUGGCCAAGCCUGUUACGCAUUACUCCCACUCCAUCCGUGAGGUCCCGGUUGUAAUCUCAGAUUCCCUCACUGGAUUGGUAGGGUGCUGCCUGCCAGGGUCUUUAAGGUCACUUGUUAAUCUGACGGUAAUGCUUUAAUCCCUGUAUUAGUGUACAAUAUACUCUAACACACAGAUCACUUCCUGCCUAAAGGCCACAGGUUAGACUGCCGGGCCACUGUCUCGUAGCCUUCACUUGCUCUUCUUCACAUCUUAUUGGGGCUCAGAUAAAACCUGCAAGAAGCCUAGGCCUGUAUUUACUGCUUAGCUACACAUAAAAACAUUUAAAUUGCUUCAAAUGAUGUGCGCACAUUAACUUAACAAAAAAAAAUGCAAUUAAAGCCUUAUCAUUCCUGAUAGAUUUCAAAGCAUCAGAACUGUAAUUCUUAAAUGACUUCAGUUGGAUCGGUGGUGUUGAAAUAUUGUUUUCAUACUUGAGUCCAGUUUAGCGAGGACACCGUACUUGUUAGGCUCAUGGAGGGAGUAUGGCAGCUUGUCUUGCCAACUGUUUGCCAUUACUUAAGUCCACUGGGUGGCACUAAAAGCUGUUUUUUUACAUUUUUAAUGAAGGACACGUUUCGAUGUGGCUAGUGCACCUAGGCUACUACAUUUCCCUCAUUGUAGAGUGAACAUAGCCUGAGUAAACUGUUUGUUUACAAGCUGUAAAUAAAAUAUCUCAUACAUGCUGG